UGUUCUUCCUUUGCUCUCCUACAUACACUUUCCAGUCCAUGCUUGUUUAGACUUCGCAACCAAAUUCCACGUUCAUAUUCACUAUUCAGUUUGCAAUGUCUUCAAAACGAACCCAAAGUGAUGCAGGAGAUGCUGGUAGAAAGAAGAAAAAACAAGUUCGAGUUUGGGUCGAUGGAUGUUUUGACAUGGCACAUUUUGGACAUGCAAAUGCCAUUAGACAGGCCAAAGAAAUGGGUGAUUAUUUAAUUGUUGGAGUACAUUCUGAUGCUGAAAUAACCAAAAAUAAAGGACCACCAGUUUACAGUGAAGAAGAGCGGUAUAAGAUGGUUCGAGCUAUUAAAUGGGUUGACCAGGUUGUAGAGGAUGCACCAUAUGUAACAACCCUAGAAACAUUGGAAGAAUAUGACUGUGACUUCUGUGUACAUGGAGAUGACAUCACAACAACUGCUGAUGGUACAGAUACAUACUAUCUUGUCAAAGCUAAUGGAAAAUACAAAGAAUGUAAAAGAACAGCUGGGGUAUCAACAACUGAUUUAGUAGGAAGAAUGUUGUUGGUUACAAAACAGCAUCAUGAAAGGGACGAAGAGAAAGUAAUGGACAAAGAAAAAGUUGCAGAUAUUGGAAAGAUGUCAGCGGCUGACAAGUGUAGUACAGCAAAAAGUCCUUACACAGGAGUUUCACAAUUCCUUCCUACUUCAAAUAAGAUUAUACAGUUUGCUGAUGGAAAGUCCCCCAAUCCUGGAGACAAGAUUGUUUAUGUAGCAGGAGCAUUUGAUCUUUUCCAUGUUGGUUUUGUAGAUUUUCUAGAGAAGGUAUCCAAGGAAGGAAACUUUAUUAUUGUAGGUCUGCACACAGAUCCUGUUGUGAACAGAUAUAAAGGUUCUAAUUUUCCUAUUAUGAAUUUGCAUGAAAGAGUUCUCAGUGUUUUAGCAUGCAGAUAUGUAAAUGAAGUUGUAAUUGGUGCUCCUUAUGCUGUUACUGCAGACCUAUUGGAUCAUUUCAAGGUAGAUUUGGUUUGUCAUGGUGACACACCUAUUAUGGAUGAUGUAGAUGGGUCCGAUCCAUUCGCUGAACCUAAAAGAAGAGGGCAGUUUAAAACUAUAGCUAGUAACAAUGAUAUGACAACUCAGAAAAUUAUAGAGAGAAUCAUUUCUCAUAGGUUACAUUAUGAAGCAAGAAAUAAGAAGAAGGAAGAAAAAGAACUAAAAAUAAUGCAAGCACAUAUGGAAAGAAUCGGAAAAGAAAACAAAUCUUAACUCAAACUUCUAAAAAUCAUUUUUAAUUUAUUCAAACUUUUAUUGUAAAUAAGUGGAUCUAAAUAUUAAUAUAUAUUUGUGUAUGUGACAAUUUUUUUAUGAUUGCAAAUAUUUGGUUCCUUAUAUAUUUUUGUUACAUUUAAUUUAUCAAAACCAUUAGAUCUAUAUGAAUAUUCAUCUAAAACGAGCAAAUGAGAUUUUAUAUCAUAGAAAUACAGUUUACCGUAGUUACUGUUUAAUGUGUUUUAUGAUUUAAAGAUGAUAAAACUUGUCAAAACCUAUCUUUAUAUAUUUGUAUGAAAGCAUGUUAUAGAAUAAUCAUUUCUUUGUUAAAUUAUGAUAAGAUAAUGUUGUUAGUUUCUUUGUAUCCAUGUUGAAAUAAAAGGAUGCCAUAUAGAUGUCAUUUAAAAAAAUAAACCAAUUUAUUAAUCAAAAUUCUUUUUUUAUCGCUUGAUAUACCUGGUUUACCAGAAAUGUUUUUAUUUUGUCUUUUGUUACUGUGUUCUAGAAAUCCAUAAAUUUUCUGCUGAUUGUAAGUGAAGAUUUUAAAUUUGUUUGUGAAUUUGUAAAUCAUUUCACUUGUAUCAAGUGUAUUAUGGAACUAUUACUUAAAAUAUUUUUUUAAUAUGUUUAAGUGUUAUUUAUGGCUGUUCCAUUAGAAAAAAGAUAAUACACGAGUUGUUCAUGUUGACCAUGCUCUGUUGGAGUAAUUACAAUAUCUGCUUUAUUACUUUAGAUAUCUUCAAAA